UAGCGUUUGCAAAACCCGGAAAGUGUUCCUACUCGCUUUUCGGACACAUUUCAGAGACGGACGACAAAAAAACAACAUCAGUAAUUUGUUGUGUUAAGCCUCUGCUUGCAAAAAAAUUAAUAGCCGGCUGAAUUGCAUAAAGUGGGAAAGGGGAGCCACCGGAAGCUAAAAGAUGAGGAAGAACGAUUCCACAGAAGCGCCGGAUCGGUUUCAAUAUUUACAAUCUCUUGUCACUGAAUUUCAGGACACCGACAGUGAAGAGGCAAAAGAGCAAGUUCUGGCCAACCUCGCCAACUUUGCAUAUGACCCAAAAAACAUGGAGUAUCUGCAGGAGCUGCAGGUGCCCGACCUCUUCUUGGACAUGCUAGCUGAGGAGAACGAGAACUUUGUGGAGUUUGGGAUGGGGGGACUGUGUAACCUCAGUAUGGACCCUGAAUGUAGAGAUGUCAUCCUGCAGAGUGGCGGCAUCAGCCUAGUCACAAACUGCCUGUCCAACGGGCGUGAAGAGACAGUUCUGUCGACAAUCACCACUCUCAUGAACCUCGCAACACCCACAACCCGUUCCAAGAUCUCAGAGCCGGGAAUCCUUCAGUGCAUGCUGCGCUUCUCCCUCGCAGAGAGUCCCCGUCUGCGCAACCUAGCGGCUGUGUUUCUUCAGGACUGCUGCAGUGAGGAGCAGGUGAGGCAGGCCCAGCAGCAGAUGCAAGGACUCCAGACAGCAAUUGGGAUCCCGCUGCCAAAAAAAUGAGGACUCAGAGAAGCUCCUACUCUAGACACUGCUUGCUAGGGCUUGCUUCAGCCCCAGUAAUGCAGUCCUGACAUGAUGCUGUGGGAAAAUAUGUGACUUUCCCCAAGCCUCUGGAUGAGGGUGAGGUCAGGGUUAUCCCCGGGCCACUCUGGGUCUUUCACACCAAAGUGGAAAAAACCUCAGAGAGAGCUGGUGUUUGUGUGCAGGGUGGAGCAGGAAAAAGACAAAAACGGUUACCACAAACUUACAAAUUUAGGUGUACAACCAAAGUUCCAAUGAAGUUGGCUUUAGUGCUAUAUAAUGUAGGAAAAAGACACAGAUUAUUAAAUCUUAAGUUAUAACAGCAACCAUGCCAUUUAUGCAUGAAUAGGGAGUGGGGGUAAAUAAGUUUGUCUUCUUCCCACUAAUUUUGGAGCUAAUUUGACUUCCUGUUUAUGUAUAAAUACAGUAUGCAAUAAAUAAAUAUGAACUUAAACUAAAA